AUGAAUAAUUGCAAUAAUAACAACUGCAUUAAUAACAACUGUAGCAGUUGUAGGAGUAGAAGUAGUAGUAGUAGCACAAGUUCAACAACUACAACAAAUGUUGACUUAUCAAAUGAUAAGUCAAGACUAUCAAUCAAUCAACAACCACAACAACAACAAGAUAAUAAUAGUAAUAUAGUUGAUGGAUAUAAUAUAAUAGAUGAUGCAUGUGGAUAUGCUAGAAUAUAUGGAUACGUCAAGAAGGAUAAGAACGACCUACUCUCCCCAUUUCUAAUUGAGAAGUACGAGAAGGACGCAGAUAAGUACUGGAACAAGUUCUACAAGCAUAACAACAAUAACUUCUUCAAGGAUAGACAUUGGUUGGUACGCGAGUUUCCAGAGUUCUUGAUGAAGCCAAUCGAUGGACAGAAGGAUGUAAAGGUCUUUGAGAUUGGUUGUGGCGUUGGCAAUACGACAUUGCCACUGCUCGAGCUGAAUGAACACCUGCGCUUCGUCUCAUUCGACUUCUCUGCUCACGCCGUCGACCUCCUCGCAAAAGAGGUCGAAGCCAAUGAACAAUACCGAGGUCGUUGUGAUAGCUUUGUAUUCAGCGCAGUCGAGCCCGCCGAGAAGCUGCCAUCAUGCGUGCCAUUCGGUCAGUGCGAUCUCGUCGUUAUCAUCUUUGUCCUGUCGGCAAUGCAUCCAGACACAUUUGGAAACGUCGUCGACAUGUGUUACAAGACGCUGCGACCAGGUGGCAAGGUACUGAUUCGUGACUAUGCUGAGAACGACAUGGCGCAGGCUCGUUUCGAGAAGCAUGCCUCAAAGAUUGGCGACAACUUCCAUGUGCGCUACGAUGGAACUAGAGCAUACUACUUCUCAUUGGAGCACAUGGAGAAGCUUUACACAUCUGGCGGACUGUUCAAGACGGAGCAGAAUGUAUUUAUCGAGAAGACAGUGACCAACAGGAAGCAGAAGAACAACAUGGAUCGAAGGUUCAUUCAAUCAAAGUUCAUAAAGAUCUAA